CUCUCUCUUCUCUCGCUCUCUCUCUUGAUCCAUGGGAGAGGAACUUCAACUUCAACUUCAACUUCAACAGCAACAUUAACAUCAAGCUUUAAGCUUUAACCCAACCCAGAAGAAACUCGAUUGAUAUUAUCAAUCUGGUGAUCGAUUAAGCCACACCCCAUUUGGUGGAAGAACCCAAUGCGGUCUUGCAGAAGACCCCAGAAGAAGAAAAACACGAGAUUUUCAGAUUCGAGCAGGACCCAGAUUCGCAUCCGAUCCGAAUUCCACUACUAUUACUGGUCCCAAUCGAUUGGUGGGAUCUGAAUCUGAUGGUGUGCGUUUUGAGGCCAUGGGUUUUGUUGUUGUUGUCGUUUUUGAGUUGGUCUUCUGCUAGGGUUGUUGUGGUGGUGGUGGGGCUGCAUAUGCAUAAACGACGAUGCAGCUUCACUUCUCGCCUAGCAUGAGAAGCAUCACUAUAUCGAGCAGCAACAAUGGGUUUAUUGACUUGAUGAAGAUCAAGGUAGCAGCUCGCCACAUUUCCUAUCGAACCCUCUUCCACACCAUCCUCAUCCUCGCUUUCUUGUUACCCUUUGUCUUCAUUCUCACCGCUCUUGUUACCCUUGAAGGUGUCAACAAGUGCUCCUCAUUUGAUUGUUUAGGCAGGCGGUUGGGACCGAGGCUUCUUGGUAGGGGUGACGAUUCAGGGAGACUGGUUAGAGAUUUUUACAACAUCCUCAACGAAGUGAAGACUGCAGAAAUUCCAGCCGAUCUAAAGCUGCCAGAUUCUUUCGAUCAACUGGUUUCUGAUAUGAAGAACAAUCAAUGCGAUGCGAAAACAUUUGCAUUCAUGCUAAGGGGAAUGAUGGAGAAAUUUGAGAGAGAAAUCAGAGAGUCUAAAUUUGCAGAGCUGAUGAAUAAACACUUUGCAGCAAGUUCUGUCCCUAAAGAGAUUCAUUGUCUGUCUUUGCGUUUGACUGAUGAAUAUUCAUCAAAUGCCCAUGCACGCAAACAACUGCCUUCUCCUGAGUUACUUCCUUUGCUGUCUGACAACUCUAUCCACCAUUUUAUUCUGUCAACUGAUAACAUCUUGGCUGCUUCAGUAGUUGUUACUUCUACUGUCCAGUCAUCUCUGAAACCUGAGAAAAUAGUAUUCCAUGUGAUCACAGAUAAAAAGACUUAUGCGGGUAUGCACUCAUGGUUUGCACUCAAUCCUGCCACCCCUGCCGUGGUUGAAAUCAAAGGUGUUCACCAGUUUGACUGGUUGACUAGAGAAAAUGUUCCAGUACUUGAAGCUGUAGAAAAUCAAAAUGGGAUUAGAAAUUACUACCAUGGGAAUCAUGUUGCGGGAGCCAAUCUCAGUGAUACCAAUCCACGUAAAUUUGCAUCUAAAUUGCAGACUAGAAGUCCAAAGUACAUAUCUUUACUCAACCAUCUCCGCAUAUACAUACCAGAGCUUUUCCCAAACCUUGACAAGGUGGUCUUUUUGGAUGAUGAUGUGGUGAUUCAGCGUGACUUAUCUCCACUUUGGGAAAUUGAUCUGGAAGGAAAAGUUAAUGGAGCUGUGGAAACAUGCAGAGGUGAAGAUGAGUGGGUAAUGUCUAAGCGUUUUAGGAACUACUUCAAUUUUUCCCAUCCUCUCAUUGCAAAGCAUUUGGACCCUGAUGAGUGUGCGUGGGCUUAUGGAAUGAAUAUCUUUGAUCUGCGUGCAUGGAGACGGACAAAUGUAAGGGAGACUUAUCAUUCCUGGCUGAGAGAGAAUCUGAAGUCAAACCUGACUAUGUGGAAGCUUGGAACCCUACCUCCUGCUUUGAUUGCAUUUAAAGGUCAUGUUCACCCAAUUGAUCCCUCUUGGCACAUGCUUGGCUUGGGUUAUCAGAGCAACACCAAUAUUGAGAGUGUGAAAAAGGCUGCUGUUAUUCACUAUAAUGGCCAGUCAAAACCGUGGUUGCAAAUUGGCUUUGAACAUCUUCGGCCAUUUUGGACCAAAUAUGUCAAUUAUUCAAAUGAUUUUGUGAGGAACUGUCAUAUCCUGGAAUGAGCACUAUGGUUUGUACAACAGUGAAUAAGAAAGGGACGAGUAAUACAGGUUUCAUCUUAAUUUUUGUGGGCUUGAGAUUUUCUUCAAGAUGAAUUUGAGAAGGCAAAUAGAAAAUUGGUUGAGAGGGAAAAGCUAUCAAAAAUAUUGUGGCUGGAUUUGCUACAUUUUUGCAGACACAGUUACCAUCCCUGCAUGGCCUUGAGUAUCAUGAGUCCUUGAGUUGUGACAUAGAAACACGUCCUCUAUUUUUGGUCGGUGAAAGGAUACUAUUAUUGGUCUUCUAUGGGACAAAAUAUAGCAAAGAUUCCAUAGUUGAAUACUGAAGAAUAAACUGAAUGCUGGAGAUAAAAAGGUCAGGCCUGUUUCAUCAAUCUAGUUGGUGUUAAGAACACAAGUGCUAGGAAAGUUAUUUUGUGAGGUUCCCCCCUCUAGAGCAGCGUUUUACCCAUCAUUUUUUUUUUAGUUUCUUAAUUUUUGUUAGUACCAAUUUUUACCUUCACCCACUUUGAUUUGAUAUCAUCAUGGUGAAUUCUAGGAGUAGUUCACGAGAUUGCUUUGUUACGGGUCCAUUGAAUUGGGGAACUGUUUGUAGGAUAUAUAUUGUUAUUCAUUAUGUACUAUUAUCAGACAUUGG